GCCAAGCUCCAUCGAUCGGCAUCGCAUCUGUACCUGCUAACCACUGCACCCCUCUCUUUUAUCCAUAUCAGCUCCAUCCAUCACUGACGAUCGAUCUCAGUCCACCUGCAUCUGUAGGUGUACUAGUAGUACGCCGGCCUAAUCCAGCUGAGAGCUGAUCGAGCUAGCUUGCAUAUACCACUGCACGUACGCACAUCAAAUUAAUUAGAAACUACUGUAAUUAAGUUAUCAGCAGCGAGAAGAGAACGAUCGAUCAACACCAUGGCUUCUGCUUUCUCGUCCACCGUUGGAGCUCCGGCGUCGACCCCGACCAUCUUCCUGGGCAAGAAGGUGAAGAACUACUACCAUGGUGGCAACAAGAUGAAGAGCAGGGUGGUGAGGGUCAUGGCGGCCAAAAAGGAACUUGACCAGGGCAAGCAGACCGAUGCGGACCGGUGGAAGGGUCUGGCCUACGACAUCUCGGACGACCAGCAGGACAUCACUCGGGGGAAAGGCAUCGUGGACUCCCUGUUCCAGGCCCCCAUGGGCGACGGCACCCACGAGGCCAUCCUAAGCUCCUACGAGUACAUCAGCCAGGGCCUGCGGAAGUACGACUUCGACAACACCAUGGACGGGCUGUACAUCGCGCCGGCAUUCAUGGACAAGCUCAUCGUCCACCUCGCCAAGAACUUCAUGACACUCCCCAACAUCAAGGUUCCUCUCAUCCUGGGUAUCUGGGGAGGCAAGGGACAGGGCAAGUCGUUCCAGUGUGAGCUGGUGUUCGCCAAGAUGGGCAUCAACCCCAUCAUGAUGAGCGCCGGUGAGCUGGAGAGCGGCAACGCCGGCGAGCCGGCCAAGCUGAUCCGGCAGAGGUACCGCGAGGCGGCCGACAUUAUCAACAAGGGCAAGAUGUGCUGCCUCUUCAUCAACGACCUGGACGCCGGCGCGGGCCGGAUGGGCGGGACGACGCAGUACACGGUGAACAACCAGAUGGUGAACGCCACCCUGAUGAACAUCGCGGACGCGCCCACCAACGUGCAGCUCCCGGGGAUGUACAACAAGGAGGAGAACCCCCGCGUGCCCAUCAUCGUCACCGGCAACGACUUCUCGACGCUGUACGCUCCCCUGAUCCGUGACGGGCGCAUGGAGAAGUUCUACUGGGCGCCCACCCGCGAGGACCGCAUCGGCGUGUGCAAGGGCAUCUUCCGCACCGACAACGUCCCGGACGAGGCCGUGGUGAGGCUGGUGGACACCUUCCCGGGGCAGUCCAUCGACUUCUUCGGCGCGCUGCGGGCACGGGUGUACGACGACGAGGUGCGCAAGUGGGUCGGCGAGAUCGGCGUGGAGAACAUCUCCAAGCGCCUCGUCAACUCCAGGGAGGGGCCGCCCACGUUCGACCAGCCCAAGAUGACCAUAGAGAAGCUCAUGGAGUACGGCCACAUGCUGGUCCAGGAGCAGGAGAACGUCAAGCGUGUGCAGCUCGCCGACAAGUACCUCAGCGAGGCGGCGCUCGGCCAAGCCAACGACGACGCCAUGAAGACCGGUGCCUUCUACGGCAAGUAGAAGGUCCUACUCUACUUAAGAUGCAUGCAUGCACUAUAUAUAUGUUGGACUAUUUUGGACCCGAAAUCCACUCAAACUUUUUGAUUCAUCGCCGCACAGGUAACCCAAUUGUAAGUCUCUUCUUGAAAGAGAAAGGAAUUGUAUAUGUUCUUAAAUCGUCAUUUUCCGCUUAA